AGCCCUAGAAUCAGAUUUCAACAGAAACGGUAAAGAAGAAGAAAGAAAAAUGGAGACUACAGUGAUCAUCGUCGGAGCAGGUCCGUCCGGCCUAUCCACCGCCGCCUGUCUAUCUCGAGCCUCGAUCCCUUACAAACUCCUUGAACGAGAAGAUUGCUCUGCUUCGCUAUGGCGGAAAUAUGCGUACGAUCGAUUGUGUCUCCAUCUUCCGAAGAAAUCCUCAGAGCUUGCGUUUAUGGAGUUUCCGUCUUCUUUCCCUAAUUACGUGCCGAAGAAGAUGUUUCUCGAGUAUUUAGAUUCUUAUAUUUCGAAUUUCGGAAUCGAUCCUCUGUACCGGAGGAAGGUGGAGGCGGCGGAGUACGAUAGGGAUUUGAAGAAAUGGAAGGUGAGAGUGAGGAAUAGUGAGGGCGGCGGAGAAAUCGAGGAGGAGUAUGUUGGACGGUUUUUGGUGGUGGCGACGGGGGAGACGGCGGAUCCGUACAUGCCGGUGGUGGAGGGGAUGGAGAGAUUCGGCGGCGAAGUGAUGCACUCGACGAGGUAUAAAUCGGGGAAGGGAUUUGAGGGGAAAAAUGUGUUGGUGGUUGGGGCGGGAAAUUCAGGAAUGGAAAUUGCUUUGGAUCUUGCGAGUCACGGCGCUACAACUUCCAUCCUCGUUCGAAGUCCGAUCCAUAUUAUGAGCAGAAGAAUGAUGAAGUUGCAAGUGUUGUUGGGACAAUAUCUGGCAUUAAAGUUUUUGGAUUCAUUGAUGGUGUUUCUGAGUAAGAUGGUUUUUGGAGAGUUGAGUAAAUAUGGUAUGAAGAGAUGGGAAAAAGGGCCCAUCCACAUGAAGAGGCACCAUGGAAAGUUCCCUGUCAUUGAUGUGGGAACCUUCGACAAAAUCAAAUCCGGUGAAAUUCAGGUGAUAUCUUCAGAAAUAUCAAUGGUAGAAAGCAACAAUAAUGUGAUGUUUAAAGAUGGUAAACUUCAUCCAUUUCAUUCCAUAAUAUUCUGCACUGGCUUCACUACCUCUGCUAAGCUGUGGCUUAAGGAUGACGAUUAUCUCCUAAAUGAUGAUGGACUAUCCAAAGUGAGUCCACCCAAUCACUGGAAAGGGAAAAAUGGGCUUUAUUGUGUGGGCUUAUCCAAAAGAGGGCUCUAUGGGUCCAAGGUUGAGGCCCAAGAAGUUGCCAAUGACAUAGCGGCCCAACUCCAUUGUGUUUAAUGUUAUUAUAUUCGCAUUAAAACCUUAUUUGUAAAAUAUAUUAGAAACUAAAUUAAUUAAGAAAAAUGUAAACAAUUCCUGAGUGAGUAG